AUGUGGCCACUGGAGGCGGACAAUACGGCCAGUGAUUGUGUCCGACAAUUCGACAAACACUGGCGUCCAGUGGCGGAAAACAAGGCGAAACGGUCGGUCAAUAUAUUGCGUCCCAUUCUGCGGACUUACGGUCGGAGUUUAGCGCUAACCUCGUUGUUAAAACUGUUGUCAACUAUACUUACACUCUCUCAACCCGUAAUACUCGACCGAUUGAUAACGUUUUUGACGGCCACAACCGAACCCGAUUGGGUCGGCUAUACGUAUGCACUGUUAUUAUUUAUGUGUCCGGUGUUGGCCUCAGUGCUGGACGCACAGCACGGGUACUGGUGUGACGUGAUUGGUAUGCGUAUCCGGACAUCGAUUACGUCCAUAUUAUAUGAAAAAACUAUAAAACUGUCGAGCGAUGGCCGCAAAGACAUCACCGCCGGUGAUCUGGUGAACAUGAUCUCUACCGACAUGAAGUGUAUUAUACUUUUCCUAUCGGUUUACGACACGAUAUGGUCGAGUCCGCUGAAAUUGUUGGUAUCAAUCAGUUUAUUGUGGGCACAGUUGGGUGCGGCCAGUCUGACGGGUGUGAUCUUUAUGGUAGUUAUUGUGCCCAUCAAUACCUACAGAAACGCAAUUCAGGGCCGCCUAUUGGCUGAGCUACAAAAGCUGACCGCCUGUCGAGUGUCCGUUAUUACCGAGAUAUUAAACCACAUAAAAGUGUUGAAGUUAUACGCGUGGGAACAGUGUUUCAUGGAUAAGGUGUCGACCCUUAGGGAUAGGGAGGUAGAGAUGUUGGACCGGACCAUAAAGACUCCUAUUGUUGUCAAAAACGGUUCAUUCAAAUGGGAUAACAAUUGCAACGAUUCUGUGCUCAAGAAUAUCAAUAUUACUAUUGAUAGUAAGUCAUUGGUGGCAGUUGUGGGUCGUGUGGGCGCCGGCAAGUCGUCCCUAUUAUCGGCUCUAUUGGGAGAUAUGGAGAGAAGUGAGGGCUCUGUGAAUGUGAGCGGACGGACAGCUUAUUGUCCACAACAGGCGUGGAUUCAAAACACAACUCUUCGACAGAAUAUUCUGUUUAAUAGUGAAUAUAAUCCGGAAUAUUAUGACAAAGUUCUGGAUUCAUGUGCUUUGAGACCCGAUUUGUCGGUCAUUUCCUCUGAAGAUAUGACAGAAAUUGGGGAAAAAGAGAUCAAUUUGUCCGGCGGUCAGAAACAGAGAGUUUCACUCGCGAGGGCUGUCUAUUCAGACGCAGACAUAUAUCUAUUGGACGAUCCGUUGAGUGCUGUCGACCCACACGUCGGACGACAUCUAUUUGACCAAACAAUUGGUCCGAAAGGACUUCUUCGCCACAAAACACGUGUUUUUGUGACAAAUAAAGCGUCAGUUUUGCCAGAAGUGGACAAAAUAAUUGUCUUAAAAGAGGGAUCUGUUUGUGAUUUCGGAUCAUUUGAUGAACUAAUGGCCAAAAGUGGAGAAUUUGCUGAAUUUGUCGCCGAAUAUGUCAUUAAACAGGAGUCCGAAGACAUCGAUGAAAUUGAGGGACAAUUUCUGGCAAAACAUAGGCAAACAGUGAAUGAGAGACGAGAAUCACAUCAAUCCGAUGCCAUAGAAAACAGUGUCCAUCGGCUAAGGCGUCAGAUAUCCGGGAAUGAUAUGAAUAACCCGAUUGGUGGACACAAUGGGCAACAAUUUGAUGGCAAACUGAUCCAAAAUGAAGAACAAGCGGUUCCAGCAGCGAAAAUGGAUGCAUUUCAGAAAUACUCUCAAUUGAUUGGCUACCGAUGGAUAGUUACUAUAGUAGUGCUAUAUAUUGUUGGCAAUGCGGGAACAGUGGCGUCGGGUCUGUGGCUCAGCCAAUGGUCUACCGAUGCUAUCGGUCACGAUGGGUCUGACCAGAGCUGGUGGCGUAGCCAUAGACUGGUUAUGUUUGCAGUGUUUGGCUUAAUUGAAAUGCAGUUCAUUGUCGGCGCACAACUGGUCGUUAGUAUGGGAUGUGUUUCCGCUGCCAAACAAUUGCAUAGUCUUAUGAUUGAACACACGACACCAAUUGGUCGGACACUCAAUCUUUUUGCUGAAGACAUGGAUCUGGUGGACAGCGGACUCUUUUUUAAUUUUAGACUAACGUUUAUCAACUUUUUUGGAGUAAUCGUAUCGUUAAUUAUGGUAUCAUUGAAAACACCACUAAUACUGUUGGCAAUUCUACCCAUAAUUGUUGUGUACGUGUGGUGUCAACGGCUUUACAUCGCAAGCCUACGACAGCUCUUACACGUGGAAACCGGCGCCCGAACACACAUUAUAAGCCACUUCGCGGAGGUAUACAACGGGACGGCAGUCAUCCGUGCGUUUGGCGCCGACCGUCACUUUCGCCGGGAGUCGCGCCGCCGUCUCGACGCUCACAACGCGUGUCAAUACGCGCUACUCGUGUCCAAGCGAUGGCUCGCCGUACGGCUCGAGCUCUUGGGUUAUAGUAUAGUGUUAUUGUCGGCGGUGUUUGCCGUAGCCUUCAGGCAUACGGUGGACGCCGGUGUGGCCGCUCUGGCCAUCACUUACGCCGUAAAUAUAACUGUUGUUUUGGGAAAGUUAGUGAUGGGAGUGACCGAUACUGAGACCGAUAUAAUGGCUGUCGAGAGCUGUCUGGCGUUAACGCAAAUACCAGUUGAGGCCGAGUGGUAUAUUGAGAGGACCAAACUCGCGGCCAAUUGGCCAACAAUUGGUUGCAUUGAGUUUACAAACUAUUGCACUAAAUAUAGAGAGGGUUUGGAUUUAGUGCUCAAAGAUAUACGGAUUGAUAUGAAAGGCCGACAAAGGGUUGCGAUCGUCGGCCGCACCGGCGCUGGAAAGUCGUCCCUCGCGUUGGCUCUCUUCAGACUCAUUGAGCCGACGGCCGGAACCGUUACCAUCGAUGGCGUCGACUGCUCUACCAUUGGAUUACAUGACUUGAGAUCUAAGCUAACGAUUAUACCUCAAGAUCCGGCACUUUUCUGCGGCUCUUUGCGCUAUAAUUUGGAUCCUUUGGUCCAAUACCCAGACCACAAAAUAUGGCGGGCCUUAGAGUCGGCACAUCUGAAGACAUUCGUGGAGUCACUGGAAAGAGGUCUCAAUCAUGACAUCGCAGAGAACGGCCAGAAUCUGAGCGCCGGUCAGAAACAGUUGGUUUGUUUGGCCAGAGCUCUACUCCGACGGACUCGGGUUCUAGUGAUGGACGAGGCGACUGCCGCCAUUGACAUGAAAACCGACGAUAAUAUUCAAAGGAUUAUACGCCAAGAGUUUCAGUUCUCGACAAUCAUAACAAUAGCCCAUCGAUUGAAUACUAUUAUUGACUACAAUUUGGUUAUAGUUUUAAACAACGGAUCGAUCGCAGAGUCGGGAACACCGGAACAGCUCUUAGCGGACAACACAUCCAUCUUCUACUCAAUGGCCAAACAGGAAAAACUUAAAUGUCCCAAAACUGACGCCUCGUUCAUAUCUCGGCUGACAUUUUCAUGGUUUACGCCAAUGAUUAUGAAUGGCUAUCGAAAUACACUGACCGCCGAAGACAUGUGGCCACUGGAGUCUGACAAUACGGCCAGUGAUUGUGUCCGACAAUUCAACAAACACUGGCGCCCAAUAGAAAACAAGGUCAAAGGGAAGGUCAAUAUAUUACGUCCAAUCCUAAAGACAUACGGCCCGAGUUUAGCGCUUAAUUCGUUGUUAAAACUGUUGUCAACUCUACUUACACUCUCACAACCUGUAAUACUCGACCGAUUGAUCGGGUUUUUGACGGCCAGUGGCCCGACAUUGGCCACAACCGAACCCGAUUGGGUGGGCUAUAUGUAUGCACUGUUAUUAUUUAUGUGUCCGGUGUUGGCCUCAUUGCUGGACACACAGCACGGGUACUGGUGUGACGUGAUUGGUAUGCGUAUCCGGACAUCGAUUACGUCCAUAUUAUAUGAAAAAACAGUAAAACUGUCGAGCGAUGGCCGCAAAGACAUUACAGCCGGUGAUGUGGUAAACAUGAUCUCUACAGACAUGACGUUUAUAACGCUAUUCCUAUCGCUUUACGACAUAAUCUGGUCGAGUCCGCUGAAAUUGAUGGUUUCAUUAGGCCUGUUGUGGGCACAGUUGGGUGCGGCCAGUCUGGCCGGUGUGAUCGUUAUCGCAAUUAUUGUGCCUAUCAAUACUUACAGGACCGCUAUUAAGGGCCGCCUAUUGGCUGAGCUACAAAAGCUGACCGCCAGUCGAGUGUCCGCUAUUACCGAGAUAUUAAACCACAUAAAAGUGUUGAAGUUAUACGCGUGGGAACAGUGUUUCAUGGAUAAGGUAUCGGCCCUUAGGGAUAGGGAGGUCGAGAUGUUGGAUCAGUUCAUCAGGACUCCUAUUGUCGUCAAAAACGGUUCAUUCAAUUGGGAUAACAAUUGCAACGAUUCUGUGCUCAAGAAUAUCAAUAUAGAGAUCAAUCCGCAGUCAUUGGUGGCAGUUGUGGGUCGUGUGGGCGCCGGCAAGUCGUCCCUAUUAUCGGCUUUAUUGGGAGAUAUGGAAAAAAGUGAAGGCUCUGUGAAUGUGAGCGGACGGACAGCUUAUUGUCCACAACAGGCGUGGAUUCAAAACACAACUCUUCGACACAAUAUUUUGUUUAACAAUGAAUUGAAUGAAGAAUUUUAUAACAAAGUUCUGGAUUCGUGUGCUUUGAGACCCGAUUUGUCGGUCCUUUCGGCCAAAGAUAUGACAGAAAUCGGGGAAAAAGGGAUCAAUUUGUCCGGCGGUCAGAAACAGAGGGUUUCACUCGCGAGGGCUGUCUAUUCAGACGCAGACAUAUAUCUAUUGGACGAUCCGUUGAGUGCUGUCGACCCACACGUCGGACGACAUCUAUUUGACCAAACAAUUGGUCCGAAAGGACUUCUUCGCCACAAAACACGUGUUUUUGUG